CCGUCUCCUCCUCGUAAUCAUCUCCGGCUAUAGGCUUUGGCUAAGCUCUCUCUCUCUCUCUCUCUCUCUCUUUCUCUCUCUCCCCCGACCCCCGGCCGACCCGAACCCGGCGGAAUCUCGCGCAGGUCAAACCCCCCUGCGCGCCCACAGCCCUAGCUCUUUCCGCGGCUCGGAUCGGGCGAUUAGGGUUUGCAAGGGAGGGAGGGAGCUGCUGCUGUCCGGCGGCCUCUGCUGCGGCGGCGGCGACGGAGAUGGACGGGUUCCUGCAGAAGCUCAAGGGGCUGGACGCGUACCCCAAGGUGAACGAGGACUUCUACAAGCGGACGCUCUCCGGCGGCGUCGUCACGCUCGUCUCCGCCGUCGUCAUGCUGCUCCUCUUCAUCUCCGAGACGAGUUCAUAUUUAAAUUCAGCGACUGAGACUAAGUUAGUGGUAGACACAUCGAGAGGAGAAAGGCUAAGAGUAAAUUUUGAUAUUACUUUUCCAAGUAUACCUUGCACCCUUCUCAGUGUUGAUACCAGGGAUAUUAGUGGCGAGCAGCACCAGGACAUUAGGCAUGACAUAGAAAAGAAAAGAUUAAACUCACAUGGUAAUGUUAUUGAAUCAAGAAAAGAGGGCAUUGGUGGAGCAAAGAUUGAGAGACCACUGCAAAAACAUGGAGGACGGCUAGACAAAGGUGAGCAAUAUUGUGGCACGUGUUAUGGUGCUGAGGAGUCGGAUGAGCAAUGCUGUAAUUCAUGUGAUGAAGUUAGGGAGGCCUAUAAGAAGAAGGGGUGGGCUCUUACAAACCCCGACUUAAUUGACCAGUGCGCCAGAGAGGACUUUGUUGAAAGAGUUAAAACUCAGCAUGGUGAAGGCUGUAGCGUCCAUGGCUUUCUAGAUGUCAGUAAAGUUGCUGGAAAUUUCCACUUUGCACCAGGCAGAGGAUUUUAUGAGUCAAAUGUAGAUGUGCCUGAGCUGUCUUCACUGGAAGGCGGUUUCAAUAUUACGCACAAAAUAAACAAAUUGUCCUUUGGGACAGAAUUCCCUGGUGUUGUCAAUCCUCUUGAUGGUGCUCAGUGGACACAACCGGCUUCAGAUGGGACAUACCAAUACUUCAUAAAAGUUGUCCCUACAAAUUAUACUGAUACAAGAGGGCGCAAGAUUGAUUCAAACCAAUUUUCAGUGACAGAGCACUUUAGAGAUGGAAAUGUCCAUCCUAGACCACAACCUGGAGUAUUUUUCUUCUACGAUUUCUCGCCUAUAAAGGUCAUAUUCACAGAAGAAAACAAAUCCUUCCUCCACUACCUGACAAACCUCUGUGCUAUAGUGGGAGGGAUCUUCACUGUCUCUGGCAUCAUUGACUCGUUCAUAUACCACGGACAGAAGGCACUUAAGAAGAAAAUGGAGAUAGGCAAAUACAGAUGAUUUGCCUCAAACCUGGACAGCACCUCAUAUUUUCCAAAUUUUGUGGCUCGUAAGGAGGUGGACCUGGUAUGGUAUAUGCGCUUGAAAGAUGACGAAACACUGAGGCUGCGAGGCCAUCAAAGUAAUGAUGGUAUUGCACAUUAGUCAAUGAAAACUUGUAAAGAGACAGAGUAGGCUGGUAUUGGGGUUCCUUUGAUGUCCAUCGGUGGCGACUGUAGUUGAAUGGCCUGAACUGACGCAAUGAUGUACUUGGAAGUUGAUAGGUCACUUCAUGUUCUUUUGCCAAUUGCUUUAUCAAUUGUGUGUCAAAUCUUCCUAGCA